UAGAUCCGCGAGCCACCACGUGGAGGAUAAAAUGAUUUUAUGAAAUAGAAAUAGAAAUUUAUGUACGUCAACGUCAGCGUCAGUUUUGUUUACGUUAUUAAAUACUGAUAUAUUUUUUAUUUUAUAUUUAUAAAUAAUGACGGAUAAAAUGAUCGCUCUGCCUCAGAAAAAAUAUUAUCGGCAACGCGCACAUUCAAAUCCGAUUGCUGAUCAUUGUAUUGAGUAUCCCACAAAACCCGAGUUGAUGGACUGGAGUUCAUUGUAUCCGGAUUAUUUUUCUGAUUAUCAAGAUGACAAACAGAAACAUAAAGUUGAGUUUGCGGAUAUUGGCUGCGGUUACGGCGGAUUGCUGGUUACGCUAUCGGGAAUGUUUCCGGACAAUUUGAUACUGGGUAUGGAGAUCAGAAUAAAAGUGUCUGACUAUGUCAUGGACAGGAUCGCUGCCUUGAGAUCCCAAUAUCCAGGUCAAUAUAAAAAUAUUGCUUGUUUGAGGACAAAUGCUAUGAAGUAUUUGCCAAAUUACUUCAACAAAGGACAGCUGAAAAAAAUUUUCUUUCUGUAUCCAGACCCUCACUUUAAAAAAGCUAAACACAAGUGGAGGAUUAUCAACAACACACUAUUAGCUGAGUACGCAUACAUUUUAGCUGAACAGGCGAUAGUGUAUACAAUGACGGACGUAAAAGAUCUACACGAAUGGAUGGUUAAGCAUUUUGAAGACCACCCUUUGUUCGAGAGAAUUUUAGGUGAUGAAUUGGAGACGGAUCCAAUUGUCCCGAAACUCUAUGAAAGUACCGAAGAAGGUCAGAAAGUCACGAGGAAUAAGGGAGACAAAUUUUUGGCUGUGUUUCGACGUAUACCCGACAAAUACGUACCUGAUGAUAAAAGAUAGCUUUGGCUAUUGAUUUUUUUCGUUCUUUUGUAUUCAACAUUAAUAUAUUAUUUUAACUGAAAAUUUAAUUGUAUCUUGUGUUGAUCAACAUUUUAUAUCAAAUAA